UCAUUAGAUAGUUUAUUUAGUGAGUUAUCAAAAGAGACCAAAAAUAAGAAUAAGAAAGAUGACAAAGAGGAGGGUGAUGAAUUCAGCAAGAUCAAAGCACAGCUCUCCAAGCUACCACAGAUAAGCUCGAGACUAGAAGAAAGUUUAAAAGAAGAACAAGAUAAAAUCAAUAAAAAAACUGAUAUUUUAAGAAUCAAUGAUCCCAUAACUCAUGCAUUGAACCGCGAAAAACAGAUCAAGAGCAAGGACAGUACCUCUGGGGAUAAAUGGUUUAAUAUGAAGGCGCCUGAACUUACCCCUGAAAUCAAACGAGAUUUAUUGGUUAUUAAACAUAGAAGUGCAUUAGAUCCCAAGAGACAUUAUAAGAAGGAGAAAUGGGAGACCCCCAAGCAUUUUCAAAUGGGUACUAUAAUCGAGGGUAACACCGAGGGAAGCAGUGCUCGUUUGAACCGUAAAGCAAGAGGAACCACCUUGGUUGAUGAGAUCUUGAAAGAUGAAGAUAGUCUGAAAUAUUUCAAGAGAAAAUUCAGUGAAAUAAGAGAGCAAAGAAGUAGCGGGGGUCAAAAACAUUAUAAGAAGAUGAAAGAUAUGAGAAAAAGAUAU